UCGCGGACCCGGAGCCCGGCGCGGCCGUAACGGCCCCUCGGUGUCCCGUCAUGGCGGGGGCCGGCGCCAGCAGCAGGGACAAGCGGGAGACGGCGGCGCGGCUGAAGGCGGCGCUGGGUGGCGAGAGCGGCGCGGCGGCGGCGGCGGAGCUGCGGACGCUGCUGGAGCUGGUGCUGGCCCCGGCGGCGGGCCCCGGCGGUGGCGAGGCGGCGGGCGAGGCGCUGGAGUGGUGCCGCUGCCUGCUGUCGGGCGGGGAGCCUUGGGACAGCUUCGUGCAAGCCGUGCGGGCCUACGACCCCGCCACGCUAUGCGGCCUGGUUUGGACCGCCAACUUCGUGGCCUACCGGUGCCGGACGUGCGGGAUCUCGCCUUGCAUGAGCCUGUGCGCCGAGUGCUUCCACCAGGGAGAGCACGCCGGGCACGACUACAACAUGUUCCGGAGCCAGGCGGGGGGCGCCUGCGACUGCGGCGACAGCAACGUCAUGCGGGAGGCCGGGUUUUGUAAAAGACACCGGAUUAAAUCGAAUUCAAAUGUUCCAUGUGUUCCAAAACACUUAUUGAUGAUGUCAGAAUUAGUUCUUCCACAGUUCAUCUUUAGUCUGAUUCAGCAUUUACGAGAGGGAUAUAAUGAGCCUGCUCUUGAUCUGCCAUCGGAGAAAGACCUUCAUAAAAUUCUCCAGGUUUUGGAGCCUCAUGUUUCCUUCCUAGAAGACUUGACCAAAAUGGGAGGUGCAAUGAGAUCAGUUCUUACCCAGGUUUUAACUAGCCAACAGUUCUACAAAGAUCUUAGCUCUGGUGUUGGAGAGAAUGCAUGUGCAAAGAAAAGUCAUGAAAAGUACCUCAUUGCUUUGAAAGGCUCUGGGUUGGCAUUUCCUGAAGAUAAAAUUGCAUGUAAUAUGCAGGAACAAGGAGCUGGAACUAGCACAUUAUCUGUUCAAGGUUUGGCAGGUGGUACAGCAACAUCAGGACAAGGGGAUUCUUCAGAUGAGGAGGACCAGGAUGGUAGCCAAGGUGUGGGAAAGCGCAAGAGGGUGAAACUAAGCAGCACCACCAAAGAUCAGUCUAUCAUGGAUGUUUUGAAGCAUAAAUGUUUUCUAGAAGAACUAUUAUUUUGGACAAUAAAAUACGAGUUUCCGCAGAAGAUGGUGACUUUCUUACUCAACAUGCUACCAGAUCAAGAUUAUAAGAUUGCUUUUACAAAAACAUUUGUUCAGCAUUAUGCUUUUAUUAUGAAAACACUGAAGAAAAGCCAUGAAUCAGACACCAUGUCUAAUAGAAUUGUGCAUAUCAGUGUUCAGUUGUUCAGCAAUGAAGAACUAGCACGCCAAGUAACAGAAGAAUGCCAACUGCUGGAUAUUAUGGUCACUGUUCUGUUGUACAUGAUGGAAAGUUGCCUUAUUAAAAGUGAAUUGCAAGAUGAAGAGAAUAGUUUACAUGUUGUGGUGAAUUGUGGGGAAGCACUACUGAAGAAUAACACUUACUGGCCCCUGGUUAGUGAUUUUAUAAACAUACUUUCACACCAAAGUGUGGCAAAGAAGUUUUUGGAAGAUCAUGGUCUUUUGGUAACAUGGAUGAAUUUUGUAUCAUUUUUUCAAGGUAUGAAUUUAAAUAAACGGGAGUUGAAUGAGCACGUGGAGUUUGAAUCACAGACAUACUAUGCUGCCUUUGCUGCUGAGCUGGAGGCCUGUGCCCAGCCCAUGUGGGGUCUGCUGUCACACUGCAAAGUUAGGGAAACACAGGAAUACACACGCAAUGUUGUCAGAUACUGCCUUGAAGCACUUCAAGACUGGUUUGAUGCGAUCAACUUUGUGGAUGAGCCAGCACCUAACCAAGUUACUUUUCAUUUGCCACUGCACCGUUACUUUGCCAUGUUUUUAAGUAAGGCUGUUAAAUGCCAAGAACUAGAUCUGGAUGCUAUCCUGCCAGAUCAGGAGAUGCUGAUGAAACUCAUGAUUCACCCACUUCAGAUUCAGGCAAGUCUUUCUGAAAUUCACAGCAAUAUGUGGGUUAGAAAUGGUCUACAAAUUAAAGGACAGGCCAUGACUUAUGUGCAGUCUCAUUUCUGCAAUUCAAUGAUUGAUCCUGACAUUUAUCUGCUGCAAGUCUGUGCCUCUAGACUGGACCCAGAUUAUUUUAUUUCAUCUGUUUUUGAAAGAUUUAAGGUGGUGGAUCUGUUAACAAUGGCUUCACAGCAUCAAAAUACAGUUCUUGACUCAGAACAUGAAAGGUCCAUGCUGGAAGGAGCCUUAACAUUUUUGGUCCUUUUGUUAAGUCUUCGUUUACACUUAGGAAUGACAGAUGAUGAGAUCCUCAGAGCGGAGAUGGUAGCCCAACUGUGUAUGAAUGACAGGACACACAGUUCAUUACUGGAUCUCAUUCCAGAAAACCCUAAUCCUAAAAGUGGUAUUAUUCCAGGAAGUUUAAGCUUUGAAUCAGUCCUGUCAGCAGUUGCUGACUUUAAAGCCCCUGUUUUUGAGCCUGGAGGUUCCAUGCAACAAGGAAUGUACACACCUAAAGCUGAAGUUUGGGAUAAGGAAUUUGACCCUGUCAUGGUAAUACUUCGAACAGUUUACCGCAGAGAUGUGCAGUCUGCCAUGGACAGAUACACAGCAUUCUUAAAGCAAAGUGGCAAAUUCCCUGGAAACCCAUGGCCUCCUUACAAGAAGAGAACACCGCUACACCCAAGUUACAGAGGGCUCAUAAAGCUUUUGCACUGUAAAACUCUGCACAUUGUGCUCUUCACACUUCUUUACAAGAUAUUAAUGGAUCAUCAGAAUUUAUCAGAGCAUGUGCUUUGCAUGGUUUUAUAUUUGAUUGAGCUGGGGUUGGAAAAUUCUCCUGAACAAGAAUCAGAUGAAGAGGAGUCUGCAGGUGGACAAGAGCGUUGCCACGAUAGUUGGUUUCCAGGCAGUAAUUUGGUUUCUAACAUGCGUCACUUCAUUAAUUAUGUCCGAGUAAGAGUACCAGAAACUGCUCCUGAGGUGAAGAGAGAACCACCUGCAAGUACAAGUUCUGAUGGUUUAGCUUCAUCACAAAACUCAGGGACAGCUCAAGUGUUCAGUUUGGUGGCAGAACGUAGGAAGAAAUUUCAGGAGAUCAUCAAUCGGAACACCAGUGAGGCAAAUCAGGUGGUUCGGCCCAAAACAUCGAUGAAAUGGUCAGCACCUGGUGCAACUCCACAGUUAACCACAGCCAUUCUAGAGGUCAAGGAGAGCAUACUGUCUUUGCUGAUUAAAUUGCAUCACAAACUCUCAGGAAAACAAAACUCUUACUAUCCCCCAUGGCUGGAUGAUGUGGAUGUUUUAAUCCACCCAGAAAUUCCGAGAUACUCGCAUGGAGAUGGAAUGACAGCAGUAGAAAGAAUUUUACUGAAAGCUGCUGUACAGAGCAGACUGAAUAAACGUAUCAUUGAAGAGAUAUGCAGGAAGGUGACACCUCCUGUACCACCAAAAAAGAUCAGUUCUGCAGAGAAGAAAACUUUGGAUAAAGAAGAAAGACGACAGAAGGCCAGAGAAAGGCAACAGAAACUGUUGGCUGAAUUUGCCUCGAGGCAGAAAAGCUUCAUGGAAACUGCCAUGGAUGUUGAAUCACCAGAUGCUGACAUUGCCAUGGAGGUAGCUACAUCUGAACAGCAUGUUUCUGAGGCAAUAUAUGACUGUGUUAUUUGUGGACAAAGUGGCCCUUCUACUGAAGACAGACCUACAGGGCUAGUUGUACUAUUACAGGCAUCCUCAGUGCUGGGGCAGUGCCGCAAUAGCACGGAGCCCAGGAGGCUCCCCACGACUGAAGAGGAGCAGAUCUAUCCCUGGGACACCUGUGCCGCGCUGCAUGACGUCAGGCUGACCACGCUGCAGCGCUACUUCAAAGAUAGUUCCUGCCUACAAGCAGUGUCAAUAGGCUGGGAAGGAGGUGUUUAUGUACAAACCUGUGGUCACACUUUACACAUAGAUUGUCACAAAUCUUACAUGGAAUCCUUACGGAAUGACCAAGUCCUCCAGGGUUUUUCAGUGGACAAAGGAGAAUUUACCUGUCCCCUGUGUAGGCAGUUUGCCAACAGCGUUCUUCCUUGUUAUCCUGGAAACAACAUGGAAAGAAGCAUUUGGCAAAGUCACAGUAACAAGUGUUUGCAAGAUCUUGUGCAAGAGGUGGAAGAGCUUCAAGAACAGCUGGGAACUUUCCCAUCUGAAACCAAUCUCAGUAAAGAAAUGGAAUCUGUAAUGAAAGAUAUAAAAAGUACCACACAGAAGAAGUAUACAGAUUAUAGUAAGACUCCUGGAUCACCUGACAAUGAUUUCCUGUUUAUGUAUUCUGUAGCCAGAACAAACUUGGAACUUGAGCUGGUCCACCGAGGAGGAAAUUUGUGUUCAGGAGGUGCGAGCACAGCUGGGAAAAGAUCAUGUUUAAAUCAGCUGUUUCACGUGCUGGCCAUGCACAUGCGCCUCUACAGUAUAGACUCUGCAUACAAUCCCUGGAGGAAACUAACCCAGCCCUCGCAGGAGACAAACUCAGAGCUGGUAAGUGAAGAACUGCCAGAAGUUCCUGUGCUUUACAGAGAUGUCUCAUCCCUUUUGCUUAUCCAGAUUUUAACCAUGCCUCAGCCAUUGCACAGAGAACACUUCACCUGCAUUAUAAAAGUGCUGUUCACUUUAUUGUAUACUCAAGCCUUGGCAGCACUUUCUGUUAAAUGCAGUGCUGAAGAUAGGAUGGCAUGGAAAGAGUCAGGAGCUCUCAAAAAGAAUACAUCCAGUGGAGAAAAAUCUUGGGAAGUAUUGCUGGGUCAUGUGAUUAGUGAACUAUCUAAGGGGAAGAUAUAUGAAGAAGAAGAGACUGAAGAAUUACCAGUGGUAACCCCGGACUCUGUCGAGUGCUAUCUGCAGCAGUUCUGCCUGCCUUUCCUCAGGAUCACAAGCCUUCUUCAACACCAUCUCUUUGGAGGGGAUUUGCCUAGUUGUCAGGAAGAUGAAGAAUUCACCGUUCUUGCAAGCUGCCUGGGUCUGUUACCAUCUUUUCAGUCAGCUCAUCAGUUCACCAGUGCCUCUUGUCUUGAUUGGCCAGUGCCAGCAUUUGACAUGAUAUCACAGUGGUGCUCAGAACUGGCUUCAUUUGCAGAUAGACAUCCAGAUCAAGUAAAGGCUUUGCUUAUCCAGGAACCUAAGUGGGACUUGCCCCACCUCCUUCAGUUGCCUGAGAACUACAAUACCAUUUUUCAGUAUUAUCACAGAAAAACUUGUUCCGUUUGUACCAAGGUUCCUAAAGAUCCUGCUGUUUGCUUAGUUUGUGGUACUUUUGUAUGCUUGAAAGGACUGUGCUGUAAACAACAGAGCUACUGUGAAUGUGUACUGCAUUCUCAAAACUGUGGAGCUGGAACAGGAAUAUUCCUUUUGAUUAAUGCAUCUGUAAUCAUCAUCAUACGAGGCCAUCGUUUCUGCCUUUGGGGUUCUGUUUAUCUCGAUGCACACGGGGAAGAAGACAGAGAUCUUAGGCGUGGUAAACCCCUAUACAUAUGCAAGGAAAGAUACAAAGUGCUUGAACAGCAGUGGGUGUCUCAUACUUUUGAUCAUAUCAAUAAAAGAUGGGGGCCACAUUAUAAUGGCUUGUAAAUCAUCGUCAUCAUCAUCUACACACCAUGUAACUGCUGUUACCAUGAAUGAAUGCAUCUUGACUGACAAUAGCUUUAACUGAACAGGAGUUUGGCUCCUUGGCUCGAGGUGGAAGCGGGUAUGGGCUUAAAAGGGAAAUGGAACUUUGUCAACAUGUGGAAUCUGUGCAAAAUGAGCUGUUGUUGCUACAAAAGAAUGAUACAAUAAUUGAAAUUAAAUCCUCAAAAUGGUGUGAGCAAUCUUAUUGCACUCAGUAGUCUAUUUUUCUUGUGUUUUUUAAAGUCCAUUAUUGUUAAGAAGCACAAAUUUACUUGGAGUUGUUUAGAGGCUCCAGGGGUAGCUGUCUGGGUUUUAUUUUACUUUGCAUGGAAUUGAGUUUUUAGCAAUUUUUGCUGAAACGGUGUAUAUGUCUAUUACAUCUACUAAGUAUGUUGGAUAAAAUUCCUUUGCCUUUU